AUGGAGGGUCUCUAUUUCAAUGUGGAUGGAGGAUACGUGGAGGGCAUCGUUCGAGGUUACCGCAAUAAUCUCCUCAACCAACAGAGUUAUGGCAACUUAACGCAAUGCGACACAAUUGAUGAUGUCAAACUUCAACUUGGCCCUGCAUAUGGCGACUUCCUUGCCUCUCUUCCUCCGAACCCCUCAACCUCCUCCCUCGCCAGCAAAACGACAGAAAAAAUGGUCGCUGAGUUUCGCUACUUACAAGCUCAAGCCAACGGAUCUACAGCCAAGUUCAUGGAAUACUUGACUUACGGAUAUAUGAUCGAUAAUGUUGCUCUUCUCAUAACAGGAACUCUGCAUGAACGAGACACGAGAGAAUUACUUGAAAGAUGUCACCCGCUUGGGUGGUUUGAAACGAUGCCUGUUCUUUGCGUCGCAACAAACAUGGAGGAGUUAUAUAACUCCGUUCUUGUCGAGACCCCUUUAGCGCCCUAUUUUAAAGGGAGCCUGAGUCAUCAAGACCUUGAUGAGUUAAAUAUCGAGAUUGUGAGGAACAUGCUAUAUAAAAAUUACCUAGAAGAUUUCUAUCGGUUUGUAAAUACGGAACCCGAUCUCAAAGAUUCCCCGACGUCAGAGGCUAUGUCGGAAAUAUUGGAGUUUGAGGCUGAUCGUCGAGCUAUUAAUAUCACCCUCAACUCCUUCGGCACCGAGCUCUCGAAAAAUGAAAGGAAGAAACUGUACCCUGAGUUUGGAAAAUUGUAUCCCGAAGGAUCCUACAUGCUUUCACGAGCAGAAGAUGUAGAAGGAGUCGCCCUUGCGGUCAGUGGUGUUGGUGAUUAUAAAGCCUUUUUUGAUGCUGUUGGGUUGAACCAAGCCGGAAAUAACAGUCUUGGAAAUAUGGCUGGUGGUGCGGGAAGCGAUGGAAAGAGCUUGGAAGAUAUGUUCUACCAUAAAGAAAUGGAGCUCUCGAAACUCGUAUUUACCCGUCAGUUCACGCCAGCGGUAGUAUAUGCUUGGGUAAAACUAAGAGAGCAGGAAAUCCGAAACAUCACAUGGAUCGCCGAAUGCAUUGCUCAGAAUCAGAAAGAAAGGAUAGGAAACUAUAUCAGUGUCUUUUAG